AUGUUGGCGCAGAGGAGGCGUGAACAAAUGAAGGAAUAUGAGAAACAAGAAAGGCGUCUGAAGGAACUUAAACAAUCUGGAAUGAGUGCUAAGCAAGCCCAAGCGAAGAAUCAGCGUGAAGCCCUCACCCGCAAGCAAGGAAAGGGAAAGGGUGCUCAGAAUAAUGGAGGGGAAGGUGGGCCAGCUGAUGCAAAGCAGCUGAUUGCAAAACCGAAGGACUAUGUUGUUAAGUUUGCUAAGCAAACAUCAUAG